UGCAGAACUGCCAGAAGUGAUCGUGUGGCGAAUGUUCCUUGUGAAGUUGUGUCCAUCGCUCAUUCUCACUGCUAGAAGUGGAAGUAAGUACACAUACGAGUGGAUCCCCGCGGACCACUACGUCUUGAUUUAUGUACUUUGAAUUCUAAACUAUUUUAUCCAGUAGAACUUUCUUGCACUUCUAAUGGUUUGUCUCCUCCGUUAUUGAUUUCUCGGAUUAUCUUCGCUGCCCACGUCACAAUGCCUGUUUUCGUGUUCGACUGUGGCUAGGAUAGCCACUGCCUUGUUCUGGCGCAUGUGCAGUACACUGAAAAUAGCAUUGGGUACACUGAAAUAUAUACGAGCUUGACACAACAGUAACCACCAGAGAUAACAACCAUGUUGGUUAAUUAUUGCCAUCCUAUGUUGAAGGAGUAUGUCGUGUUAUCCAGUCCGGCAGUAGCAGCUGACAGUUAUGAGGUGGCGAACUUCCAGAGUCAUUCCGUAGCGGAGCGGAGUCGGGGCUUCUCAACUGAACGCUUUAUAAAGCCUCCGGUGGAUAUAUUUAUCAACUUUCGCUAUCCAGUGAGCGUGGCAUGUAUUAUCGUCGAGACAGCCAAUGACAAAUCUGGGCUAGAGGUUUGGACGCCAUUGUCUUCGCACGGAAGCUCUACUGCCAGUGCCAUACCAGUGCCAUAUGAGCGGAGGUUUUCACAGGCCAGGGUAACAGCCAAACGUGGUACGGCCAUGAUGUUUACUGCCGCAUCCCAGUCUUUAAGCACGGAAGCAACGGGUACCUUUGUGUCACAUGAAAGACUCCAAACCAGUGCUAGCGUUUCACUGGUGCAGAACAGACGGUUUUCUCGAAUACAAUCCAUUGCCAUCCGUAUAUACUUCGUGUCAGGCGCGUCAGUGCCAAAGUUGCGAUUGCUGGAAGUCUGGGCGUCGCCUGUGUCAGCUGGGUGGAGUGCUAUGGAGAGGAAGCAAUUUGAUGAUGUUGUCCGUGCCAUCACCCAGAAUGAGAAUGAUAGUUCCUCUAGUGUUAGUGCGGCUACAUUCACAUCUAGUCCAGCAGUUGCUGGAGUUUCAAGCCAAUGCAGUCCGAGGAGUCGGCAAUCUAGACCCACACUGCCACCUGCUAACAAGCCAAUUGCAUCAGGUACAGAGAAUGAAGUUGAGAGCGCUUCACCCGGUCUGAAUUCUGCACACAGUGCAUUGCGAUCCAGUGUAGAAAAUGCAUCGCAAAGUCAUCCCGCCGCGGGAAAUGUUUUGCAGACAGCUCCGUCGGAGUUUUACGACAGCCUUACAAAUGAGAUGAUGUACACACCGGUUCUACUACCAUCGGGUAACAAUGUUGAUGUCACCACACUUGAGAAACUGGCUGAAACAGAUAGUCACUGGGGAAGGAAACCAACUGAUCCCUUCACGGGCAAGAUUCUGACUAAGACAUACAAGGCCGUAGUCAAUGACGGUCUGAAGGCGCGCAUUGAUAGCUUCUUACUGCGACGUAACCCGUACGGGACACGUGUGGCUCAGUCACUGAGCAGAACUGCGCAUACAGCAUCACCGAGUAUUGGAUCAGGUCAGUGUGUGUCGCAUACAGCAUCACCGAGUAUUGGAUCAGGUCAGUGUGUGUCGAGUUCAGCCACUGGGCAACAUGCUGGCCGCCCACAUUUGCUUCAGCAAAGACUGUCGAUGAGUUCAUCGCAGAGGCCUGACACCUUGCAAAUAGCUGCGCACAAACGAAAGCCGAACUCACAUGACACCGAAACUAUGUCUAAGGAGCAAUGCACUGAGAGCGAGAAAAAGGAGAGUGUGGAUGGUCAGAGUAUGUGUCCUGUGACUAGAGUAAACACCGGCAACAAAGAUGCUGGGGGCACGAGUGGCAGCCAGCCAAAAAGAGCCCGGUUCCUGGAUUCGAGUACGACGUCUGAUUUGUCUGACCAUGAACGUAGCAUGAAUGCUAGUUUAAAUGAAGCCCUGGAUGAAUUAUUGGGACAUUGAAUGCAGCGCCUUUUGAAGAUCUCAAGUGCAAUGUCCUUGAAGAUCAACGCAUCUUGAUCUGGUGCUGGGGAUUUUUAGAAGCUCUUAGCUUGAUAUUGAUAUCUACUUUUGAUCCCCGGCAAUUUUGUUCAUAUCAGUCAGUUGUUUCGGCCCCCCUUUUUUAAUCUCUUUUUUAAUCUCUUUUUUUAUGUCGGCUUGCAGAUGCACAUGUACUAGUAGUCUCUGGUUUAGAGUUAGUUUUUCAACUUGUCAUAUUUUACGUGGCGUGUACAUCGUAUCUCUGAACUGAAGGCAAAGAUUGUUUAUGCUUACUGCCUUGUACCUUCUAAUCUGUUAAGCUCGUUGUGAUGAUUUGUGACCCUGGUUCAUAGCCGUUUAGGGCCAACAUCCGUGUUCUGCAAAGUGCUUAUUCUGAACGUACGUAGUAGUUGUCGUAUUUCUGUCAUAUCUGACAUGGGGUCUGGGAGAAUCGCAAGCGCAUGAAUUCGGUUACUGAGUCAUGUCAUGGCAACAGAUGUACUUGUAGUGUGGCAUUGGAGAUCUGAAGUUUUGAGCUGCAGGAUAGCUGGGUCAACUACACUCAUAGGCACAUGUUUACAAUGUAGACUACACAAUCUGUGGACAGAA